GGUGGGCGGGGAGAAAUGGACGGAGAAAAUGAGUCACCGAGACCCAGGGCUAAAAGACGCCGUGGAGGACUGAGAGAAAGUUGGGCUGGGGGCGCCGGGAGGAAGAAAGUUGCAGUCAAAGCCACCCUCUCCCUCAGCUCCAAAGUCCAGAGGGGCAGGGCGGUCGCCCCAGGCUCCAUCAAGACCUCGGCCAUGUGGUGGUUCCUGGCCUCGGUCCUGGCCUGCGCAGAUGCCGCGUCCAUGUACGGGGAGAUCCUGUCCCCCAACUACCCCCAGGGAUACCCCAACGAUGCUCAAGAGGCCUGGGACGUCCAGGUGCCCGAAGGCUACGGCAUUCACCUCUACUUCACCCAUUUGGAUAUCGAGCCGUCACGGGACUGCGAGUAUGACUCCGUCAAGAUCCUGGUGAACGGCCUGGUGGAGGGCAUCCUCUGUGGGCGGCGGGGCAGCCAGGACCCCGGCUCCACCGUCACGGAGGAAUUCCACCUCCCCUACAACCGCCUCCGGGUCACCUUCCAGUCCGACUUCUCCAACGAGGAGCGCUUCACCGGCUUUGCAGCUUACUACGUGGCCGAGGACGUGAAUGAGUGCACAGACUUCUCAGAGCCCCCAUGCAGCCAUUUCUGCAACAACUACAUCGGGGGCUUCUUCUGCUCUUGCCCCCCCGAGUACUUCCUCCACUCUGACAUGCGCAACUGCGGAGCGAACUGCAGCGGGGACGUGUUCACGGCCACGAGAGGGGAGAUCAGCAGCCCCAACUACCCGAGCUCAUACCCGGAGAACUCGCGCUGCGAAUACCGGGUCGCGCUGGAGAAGGGCUUCCAGGUGGUGGUGACCGUCAAGAAGGACGACUUCGAAGUGGAACCGGCCGACUCGGAAGGGAACUGUCCCGACAGCUUGGUUUUUUUGACUGGAAACCAGCAGUUCGGUCCCUUCUGUGGCACCGGAUUUCCCGGGCCGUCGAAGAUCGAGACCCAGAGCCGGGAGCUCAGCAUCGUCUUCCAGACCGACCAGACGACGCAGCUGAAGGGCUGGAAGAUCCGCUACUACGGAGACCCCAUAUCCUGCCCGAAGAGAUUUCCCACCAAUUCUGUCCAGGAGCCUCUGCGGAACAAGUACGUCUUCAAGGACGAGGUGAAGAUCACGUGUGCGGAAGGAUUCGAGGUGGUGAGGGGGAAAACCAGUAUGACCUCGUUCUACUCUUCCUGUCAAAGCAAUGGGCAGUGGUCCAACUCCGACCUGCGAUGUCUCCCGGUGGACUGCGGCCCCCCUACCGCCAUUCCCCACGGCAGAUCUGACCAUCCCAGGGACACCUCGUUUAGGGCUGUGACUCACUACUCAUGUGAAGAACGGUUUUACAUGAAAAACGAAGGGAAAGGAGCGUAUCGCUGUGCAGCCAACGGGAGCUGGGUGAACGAUGUCCUGGGGGUAGAGCUGCCGGAGUGUGCCCCAGUGUGCGGCGAGCCCAGCAAACCCAUCGAGGGCAGGGAGCGGGUGUUCGGAGGGACCCCGGCGGAGAUCGACAACUUCCCCUGGCAGAUCUUCUUCCAGCAGCCGCGGGCGGGGGGGGCUCUGGUGGCCGAGCGCUGGGUGCUCACGGCCGCCCACGUGGUGGAGGACACGGCCAGCCCCACCAUGUACGCCGGCUCCACCUUGGUCGGCCCCGUUGGCCUGCAGCGGGCCCAGGCCCUGGUGGCCGACGCCGUGUUCGUCCACCCGGGCUGGAAGAGGGUGCCGGACCCGGCCCGACGCACCGACUACGACCACGACAUCGCCCUGGUGCGGCUGAAGGUCCCGGCGCGCAUGGGCCCCGCCGUGGCCCCCGUCUGCCUGCCGGAUCCCGAGCUGCAGGUGCCGUUCGGGACCCUGGGCUACGUCUCCGGGUGGGGCAAGAAGGAGGACCGCGACCACGUGUUCAGGCUGAGGAAGGCCAAGCUGCCCGUCGUGCCCCUGGAGAAGUGCCGGCGGGUGAAGAGCAAGAAGGCGGACACCACGGCCUUCCGCUUCACGGAGAACAUGAUCUGCGCCGGGGAGGGCGGCGCCGACAGCUGCGACGGGGACAGCGGGGGAGCCUUCGUCGUGGACCUCGGGGAGGAGAAGCCCAAGUACUUCGCGGCCGGGCUGGUGUCCUGGGGGCCCGAGUGCGGGACCCACGGGCUCUACACGCGGGUGGCCAACUACGUCUCCUGGAUCGAGGAGACCAUGCGGGAGAACGACCAGCCUCCGGCCGAGGACUAGCCCCCCCCUCCCCUGCCCCCCCACCUCUCUCUUCCCGGGAGCGGGGUCCGCUCCUGGACUUUCCCCUUCCUCCCGGCACCCCCGUCUUCCCCCGCUACCCGCCGAACCGCUACCUUCCCGCCGGCUCCCAGGGGACCGGGCGCGGCUGGGGCCACCGUAAGUCCGCUUUUGGCUAAAUCGGAGGGUUCCCUCCCUCCGUGCCCGACUCCCACCCCGGAGAGGAGGUCAGGAGGGAGGCGUCUUCCUCCUUACCCCCUCAGCAGGAAGCCCCCCGCUUCGACCCGCCAGGUGCCGAGUGGGACUGCCCGCUAAAGGAGGGUGGAGGAUCAGUUGGUCCCUGGCACUGGAGCACGGAGGAACUGUGGGCCACUGGUACCAGAGCGUGGAAGAGCAGUGGACCACUGGCAUUAGAGCGUGGUGGACCACUGGAUGCCAGGCACUGGAGCAUGGAGGAGCAGUGAAGCCCUGCCACUGGAGCAUGGAGGAGCAGUGGGGCCUGUGACGGGGACUGUGGCCUCACACUUGGUGUGAGGGGCAGAAGGCGAGGACCCUCCACCCUCUCCCACCUUCACACCCUUGGGUCUCUGUUCCACCUCAUUCCCCCUAUCCGAGCCCAUAUCCAUCCCAAUAAAGCAUGACCGCAGGCCCCU